AUGGGCAUUCAGCACCUCCUGCUGCUCCUCAUCUACCUGGACCCACUGUGUGGCUUGAAUGCAAACAAAAGGAGCAAAGGUCCACCAAGAAAGAGUGGAAAAGUGAAGGAAGUGAAUGGCACUGCAGCUCCAUCCGUCAUCAAAUCCACCACCGGCACCGGCCCUGGCACGGCAUUGCCUAGACGAAUAACGCAGCUUUCUCCACCCACGCUGGCAGGAGACCAUGACACAUGCCUUGGCUACUAUGAUGUUAGCGGUCAGUAUGACAAAGAAUUUGCCUGCAACAACACGGACCACCGUUACUGCUGUGGCUCCUGCUUCCUGCGCUUCUGCUGCCCGAUUCGCGCCAAGCGGCUGGAGCAGCGUGCCUGCACCAACUACAACACACCUGACUGGAUCAAAACCCAGCCACCCUCCCCGGCACCCACUGGCGAAGUGUAUGACCCGGCACUGGACCGAACAAACACCACCGUCUACAUCGCCUGCGGUGUCAUCGCCCUCAUUGUCCUGCUCGGGAUCUCCGCCAAGGUGGCCUACGACAAAGCUACGAGGCCGCCGCAGGAGAUGAACGUGCACAGGGCUCUGGCAGAUAUCCUGAGGCAGCAGGGUCCCGUCCCCAUCUCCCAAUAUGAACAGGAGAACAUGGCCACUGUUGAGGGAUCACCUAAAGAAAGCAGCAUGAAGAACCACUACACACCCAUCCACAACAAAACCAAUCACGGGCAUCAUGGGAAGGAUAAUUUCCGCAGUGGUCAGGACAUGCACAACUUCAUCUCCUCUGGGUUUGUCACGCUGGGUAGAGGACACCUGAAAGCCCAGCACUCUGUGGAUGACCUGGGUGGGCUGUCCUGGCCGGGAGAGCUGGACGUUCCUCUGUCUUACAACAGCCAUCAGCAUGAUUACACAAGCCAUUUGGAUCUGACAGGAUCACACACACCUAAAAUAGGCCACAGAAUAGAGUACUAUGAAAAGCCUCGAAUGAACAACAUCCUGACCUCGCAGACGGAACCGUACGACCUGUCAUUCUCUCGCUCCUUCCAGAACCUCACACACCUCCCGCCUUCCUACGAGAUGGCCGUUAAAGCUGACCUAAGUAAAUACUCUUCUCUCACCAGCUUAAGUGAUAAGGAUUUCGAUGAUUUCUACAGUAGAAAGCAGCAGCUCCUUUCGCCCGAUGCGCCCCCCCGUGUUUUGGGGCUGCAGUCCCACCUACUGAAGCUCAGCGUGGACUCGCCCCCCAGCAUCCCCCACAGGUCGCAGCAGAAACCGCGUCGUGUCCAGAGGGCCAUGAGCCAGGACCACGUCCUCUCUCCUCCUAUGCCCAGGACACCCCGCAAACACGCCCUGCCGUCCUCCACCUCCUACGCACCCCCCGCAUCCCCCUACCACGCCCGCAUCCUGUCCCAGGAGCAGCUGCUGUCGGCUGACCGUCUGCAGUCCCAGGAUCCUUUGCUCUCUCCGGAUAAAAUGUUGUCCCUACGCCGCUCUAAUUUCCGUGAAAAGGCCAUGUCCCGGGCACUUUCACACACAGACAUGUUCAUGCCCACCACGCCCGUAAUGGACCGCCACUACAAAAUGACGAAGAUGCACUCGCACCCCACCUCCAAUAAAAAUGACGCUGAGGACGUUUCAUACAACACCAACACACUGCUGAGUGUGAGUGGCGCGCAGACGGCCAAUCGGAGGCAGGCUUUCGCCUCCCGCCGCACACACACCGUCGACCACCUGCAGUACAUACCCGGACACCAGCACCACCAGUACCGCACCGCCAGCAAGACAGAGGUGACCGUCUGACAGCAGGA